AUGGCAGUAUCUAAGUACCUGAGAAAGGACCUGGGACUAGAAGGAACAUUCCUCAAUGAAGUGCUCUACAAAAAUGCAACUUUCCUCAACUUGGUGGAUCCCAUCUCCCAUGACUUGCUGAUGAGCCUCGCUAGAGAUCUGCAGUGCCCCAAAAAGGAAUAUGACCCCUGGAAAUCCUCGGACAGGAUCUGCAGGCAGCUGAUUUACCACCUAACCCCCCACUCCAAAUGGCACCGGCAUGGCAUGCCCCGGAGGAAGUCCCAAGUGUGCCUGAAGAAUAGCCUGCAGAAGAAGGUGAGCCAGGACUCCAUGGAUUUGUCAGGGAUCCCCCUGACCAUGCGGGAUGUCCACCGCAUGGCUUACUACCUGCAGAACAACGGGGACCACCUCACCUCUGUGGACCUGAGCUUCACUGAGCUGAAUGAUGAUAUGGUGCGCCUGCUGCUGCCCUUCCUCUGGGCACUACCCAAGCUCACUCACCUUUCCCUCAAUGGCAACCGACUGACGCGGGCAACCAUGAAGGAGCUAACUGACACCAUGAAGGACAUGAACAAGUUCCCUUGCCUGGCUUGGGUUGACCUUGGCAACAAUGUGGAUGUCUCCUCCAUGCCACAGCCAUUGCUCGUGGGUCUGCGCAAGCGCCUCAGCCAGCAGACCACGCUGCCUACCAUCUAUGAGGCACUCGACUGCGACUCAGAGAUCUCCAGUGGGCAAGAGGGCAGCCAGCCAGAGGACGAAGCAUCAGGAAGCACCCCACCACGUGCUUUCUCUCAGCAGGGCUGCGAGAGGUGACUGGACAACAGGCUGGCACUGCCACACUGAAGCUGCCCCAAGGAGAAGUCUUGAGUACCAACAUCAAGCAGAGGAUCAGCUUUACUGGCUUCCUUUGGCUCUUUUCUCUCGCCUUCCCUGGCAUCU